CCGGCACCACAUCUCAGCAGUCAGCACUCCUCAGUCCUCCCCCAUGUGCCUCUAGAGGCCAACUCCAUCGCAAUUGAAAUAUGCUAAUUUCUUCACAUCUCCUACUCAUCCUACUCUGCGUAUAUGCCUUUCUCACGAGAUCAAAUGGGAUACAGCUAAUAUUGGUAAACAAUUGUCCAGAAAAUAUAUGGCCAGGGAUACUUGGCGGCGCUGGCCAUGUCACCCCAAAAGCAGGUGGUUUCCAUCUGAGCUGCGGCGAGGAAGUUAUCAUUGGCGUGCCUGAGAUGUGGUCAGGCAGGAUAUGGGGCAGGCAGGAUUGCCAUUUUGAUGACAAAGGAAAAGGGUCGUGUGGCACCGGAGACUGUUCAGGUCAACUACACUGUGAGGGAAUGGGUGGUGCACCACCAGCAACUGUGGUGGAAAUGACACUGGGGACAUCCACCUCCCCCUUACAUUUUUAUGACGUGAGUUUAGUUGAUGGAUUCAACUUGCCUGUCUCGAUGAAGCCAGUCGGAGGUGGAAUUGGCUGUGGCAUAGCAGAAUGUGAAGUUGAUCUCAACAUAUGUUGUCCAUCAGCAUUGGAAGUUAGGGUAGGCGAGAAGGUGAUAGGGUGCAAGAGUGCUUGCUUAGCUAUGCAGUCGGCCAAGUAUUGUUGCACGGGGGAAUAUGGAAACCCCAAAACCUGCAAACCAACACUCUUUGCCAAUCUCUUUAAGGCCAUUUGCCCGAAAGCCUAUAGCUAUGCUUUUGAUGACUCUUCCAGCCUCAACAAAUGCAGGGCCUCCCGUUAUGUCAUCACUUUCUGCCCUCCCAAGUGACAACUGUGCCAAGAAGUUCAGGCUGCACUCUUGAUUAGAAUAGGAGAGCUUCCUAAGUUAGUGAUUUCUGUUUACAGAGUACUUGGUAGCUUAGUGGAGGAGUUUAAAUGUAUUCUCAGUUACUGAUCUUAUAUUAUGGAGUCAGUUCCUAAACUUAAAACUAGUCCAGGCAAUGCACCUUUGUUUGAAGAAUCAGUUCCCUGAAAAUGUUGUUCUAAUGCGCCUGAACUUUUUAA